AUGGCGCUAUGCAGUGGGGGAGCCUAUGCAGAGCAGGUGGUGGUGGAUGCUGGCAGUGUGCUGAAGCUUCCGGACAGCUGGACAAUGAUAGAGGGGGCUGGUUUCAUGGAGGCCACUCUGACAGCUUACCUCAACAUCUUCCAGCUUGGGGGCGCUGAGAAGGGGAAGAGCGUGCUCAUCCAUGGAGGAGGCUCUGGUGUUGGCAGUCAGGCGAUUGCGUUAUGCAAAGCCAAAGGCAUCACGACGUUUGUGACAGCAGGGAGCGACGAGAAGUGUGAGCGCUGUCUCCAGCGGGGAGCGUCCUACGUUUUGAACUACAAGACAGAGAAUGUCAUUGACCUGGUGAACGGCAUGACAAAGGGCAAGGGUGUGGAUGUGAUCCUUGACUGCGUGGGGGCACCAUACUUGGAGCGGAAUCUGGAGUGCCUUGGCAUGGAUGGCAAAGUGGUCUACAUCGGCAUGAUGGGCGGUGCUGUUGCGGAGAAGGCCAAUCUGGGGACGCUGCUGAAGAAGAGGGCGAGUCUGAUCGGGUCCACCCUGCGCAACCGCACCCUGCAAUUCAAGGCAAACCUGGUGCAGAACCUGCGCAGGGACUUUGCAGAUGAGCGGAAAAGAGGGGAUAUCAAACCCAUCAUUGACAAGGUGCUGCCACUGGAGAGUGCUGGGGAUGCGCACCGGAGGAUGGCAAGCAGCACUCACUUUGGCAAGAUCAUCCUCAAUGUCAAGCCUGUUUAG